AUGGCCAACAGGACGACGGACACAGAAGCGUUCCCUGCGCUCGAGGAAGGGACGGAGGUGUCUUUCGACAGGUCUCGGGACGCCGCGACGCCAGAUAUUUCGCGGCGCAGAAGUUCCAUCACUUCGCGGUUGUCGGCGCAGACUCGCACACGCACGAGUUCUCUCCUCCAGUCUUUCAUUGAGAGCAACCCUCCGCUUGGAAUGUGGCAGGCCACGGGCGAAGUCGGUUCCAAGAUUCCCACGUUGCCGGAGAUCAGGAACGGAGCCUUCGAUGCUGAAGGGUGGAAUCACGAAGGGCAGAUGGAGCAUCGAGGGACCAAUCCUCACGACAUUCACAGACAGAGGCUGGCGAGGACCAGUUCUGCUAGCACCAGGACGAGGAAGAGUUCACGGUCCGUGGGUGCGCCUGCUGCGAUACUGGAGGAGAGACACGAGUACUUUCCCAAGAGAACCCCGACAUUUAUGCAGGAACCGCUCCAGGAAGAAGCCACAGCUACUCACACACUGGCCGAAGAAAUCCAACCCGCGCAGAGUCCUCGAGAGAAGCAACUAUCCGAGGCCCGAGAGAAAGACGCCUCGAUGGCCUCGUCGCAACAAGACGAAGCCCAGGUUGUCCCCAUCCAAGGUGGUCCUGACGAGACAGGCACCUACCCCAACGGUUAUCGAUUUCCGAAAAAGCAUACCUGGACUCAGUCUACUAUGAUCGGCCUGCGAGCACUCUGGAAAUUCUUCCUCACGCCUUUUGGGUUCCUCGUCGUGGUAUACGGCCUCAAUGUCAUUGGCUGGGGAGCCAUGAUCUUCUUCGUCCUCUUAAAUGCUGCACCUGCAAUGUGCCAUCCAAGCUGCAAUGCAGACGACAGCCCUCGCAAGAAGUGGAUCGAGAUUGACUCGCAGAUACUCAACGGCCUGUUCUGCGUCACCGCCUUUGGUCUAUUUCCCUGGCGAGCGCGGGACUUUUACUACAUCACGCGGUGGCGAGUUGGAGGAAAUCACAAAUACCAUCGCAAGCUUGCGGGCAUUUACAGAGGCUGGUAUCGUUUGCCAGGCUCGGAUCAGCUGCCAAUCGAUAUCGGCCCACCGCCAGUGUACAGCAAGAAAAAUCCGCCCACUCCCGAAUCACCUCCUCCGUAUUCGGAAGAAGACUUUGCCAGGUUGGAAGCAAACCCAGCAAUCCCGUUACCUGUAACAUCCAUGCCAGAGCCUCCCUUGACAGGCAUCCGCGCUCGACCUACGAAGUCCUGGACGCUCGACUUUGUAGUUCAGAUGUACAUGGCCAACACUGUCUUUCAAAUUUUGCUCUGCUAUUGGAUGUGGCAUUGGAACAGAUUCGACCGGCCCUCGUGGGGAACUGGUGUUUGGAUUACGUUCGGAUGUCUUUCCGGUAUCUUCGCUGGUAUCUGCGUCUUCGUCGAGGGCAACAAAGUGAAGCGCGCUGAAGGAAUUCCCGUGCAAGAGUAUGAUGUCCUAGAAUCGAUGGAAGACUACCAGGAGCGCAAAGCCAAAGAGGACCAGAAGGAGGCUAAGAAAUUGGCACGCCACGAACAUCACCGUCACUUCAGGCAUGGCGAACAUGGCACGCACAAGGUGGUCCGGUCUGAAAAAUUGAAGGGACACCAGUGGUUCACCCGGCAUUGA